AUGAAAACUAAUAAUUUCUCUGAUUUCUUUAAAAUGAUAAUUUUCAGAAAAAGAAUUGAACCAUCAUAUAAAGCAAACCAAAAAAGACCAUUACUUAAAAGAACAAAGAAUUUUAUAAGAACAACUUCAAAUAUAGUUGAUACAUCUAGAAAAUUAGUUAGACAAAAAAGAAAUUAUGCAUUUGAUAUGAAUAAUUUACUUUGGUAA